GGAAGAAAUCUAGAAGCGGCGGCAACGUGAGAGAUCUCUUGUUGAGGUCUACGGUGGGAAAAAGUACAUGUGAACGGCAACCACCUCGCGAGAAGACAAAAGAAUCCCCACGAUGCUACGCUCGCUCGCCCCCAGAGCUCCUCGGCCACUUUGCCGAUACACUGCCGCCGCCGCUGCCACACGAAUACUACGAAGAGGAUUGAUAACUACCACCACACGAGACGUCGCCGAGUUGGAUGCGGUCACCACACUUCCCAAUGGCAUCCAAGUCGCUACGGAGGCGCUGCCAGGACACUUCUCCGCUCUAGGAGUCUACGUCGAUGCCGGUUCGAGAUACGAGAACGAGCGGCUGCGCGGCGUGUCGCACAUCGUCGACCGUCUCGCCUUCAAGAGCACAUCCACCCGCUCCGCCAGCGACAUGCUGGAGGCGCUCGAAACCCUCGGCGGGAAUAUGCAGUGCGCCUCGUCACGGGAGAGCAUAAUGUACCAGACCUCAGUCUUCAACAAGGACGUACCGACGAUGAUGGGGAUUCUCGCGGAGACGGUGCGGGACGCGCUGAUCACCGACGAAGAGGUAUCGCAGCAGCUCGAGACAGCCGAAUACGAGAUCAACGAGAUCUGGGCGAAGCCCGAGCUGAUCCUGCCGGAGCUGAUCCACACCGCGGCAUUUCAGGGAAACACGCUCGGAAACCCGUUGUUGUGCCCGGAGGACCGCCUGGACCAGAUCAACAAGCAAGUGAUCGAGGAGUACCGCAGUGUUUUCUUCCGCCCGGAGCGGCUGGUCGUCGCCUUCGCCGGCGUCGAACAUACCACCGCCGUCAAGUUGGCGGAAAAAUAUUUCGGCGACAUGACCGCCACCCCUCCCAAGACGAACACCGAACCCGCCGCCCCCAGCCUGUUCAGCAAGUUUCUCUCCAAGCCCGCCGCGCCCUCCCCCGACCCCUUCCCCCUCGGCACCACCCCGCCAUCGCACUACACCGGCGGCCUCCUGUCGCUCGAGCCAUCCAGCGCGCCCACGCACUUGCCGCAAUACUGCCACCUUCACAUCGCGUUCGAAGGGCUUCCGAUCAGCGAUCCGGACAUCUACGCGCUCGCCACUUUACAAACUCUCCUCGGCGGCGGCGGCUCCUUUUCCGCGGGCGGACCAGGCAAGGGGAUGUACUCACGUCUGUACACCAACGUGCUGAACCAAUACGGCUGGAUCGAGUCAGCGGUGGCAUUCAACCACUCCUACACUGACAGCGGGCUAUUCGGGAUCGCAGCCUCUUGCCACCCGGAGGCCGGGCACGCCCUCGUCGGCGUCGUCCUCAAGGAGCUGCAGAACACCUUUGCGACUGGAUACGCCGGGCUGCAGGCCGACGAGGUCAACCGCGCAAAGAACCAGCUCCGCUCAAGCCUCCUUAUGAACCUCGAGAGUAGAAUGGUAGAGCUCGAGGACCUCGGGAGACAGGUCCAGGUCUAUGGCAAGAAAAUCAGCGCGCUCGAGAUGAGCGCGAAGAUUGAGGCCCUCACUGUCGCCGAUAUCAGGCGUGUUGCGCAGAGAGUGCUGCAGGGCAAGGUGGAGAAUCCGGGCAAGGGAGAGGGCGGCGCGACGAUUGUGGUCCAGGCGGGCGAACGACAGGUCGUCGCUAUGGGAGAUCUGAUGGCGCAGGUCAAGAAAUUCAAGCUGGGGAGGUAGGGCGUGUGUGUGAUUUACUUUUGGUGGGGUUUGUUUGUAAGAUAGACGUCGCCGCUCUGGUUCUGCGGUAGGUAGGUAGGUAGGUAGGUAGGUAG